AACACUGGUGUUUUAGAGACUAUACCGCGCCGACCGGCCGUGCGCACCCUUGCCAUGCGUCUAAGGCAUGUACAUCGCACCCGUUUACUGUUUGUGGCUUCUAUGGGAUCCCAGCUAACACACAUGACGCCUGAUCCUGCACGAUCCCACCAGACUUCCGGGCUGCUUUCUACGAAAGGACUCAAAGCCAUCGGGCAGAUCGUGGAACGCGAGAAGAGCGUGUACGUUGUGCGCCUGACGUCCAAUAAUAAGGUUGUCGAUAUUCUAAGGGCGCCUGCCUCCGAGCGUCAUACGUCCUCGAGCUCUGUGUGCCCCUCGAAUCGAGCUGCCAUCUCUGAUCUUGCGUCGUGAACAGCCAUCCUGUCCGUGCGGCAGCCCUGGCACAGCAUACACCACUUCUACAUCGGAAUGCCUGGGGUCCGACCGGUCUGGAUUCGCGCUCUUAUACUGGCCAUGCCGACCAUGUAGCUCGUCCUUCGCAAAGACGUGCAUGAAGAUCAUUGGUAAAGAAGGCCCUCCUUAUUGGAAUUA